AUGGUGGGCGGAGGGGCCUCCCGCGUACCGCAGCGGUGGACCGACUACAUCCCGCUGGGCAGGAGGAUGCCGGGCACCCGCUUCAUCGCCUUCAAAGUCCCCCUGAAGAAGAGCUUUGACCGGAAUCUUCAUCCAGAGGAGAGAUUUUCACCUUGUGACCUGAUUAAGAAAAUCAAAGAGCAGAAGGAAGAACUGGGCCUGAUCAUUGACCUGACGUACACAACUCGCUACUACAGGCCAGAGGAGCUCCCAGCCACACUCUGCUACUCAAAGAUCUUGACAAUGGGACAUGAAAUACCAAACAAGCACACCAUCUUUCAAUUCAAAUGUGUUGUUAAAAAGUUUUUGAGCGACAACAAAGAUAACGAUAAACUCAUCGGAGUUCAUUGCACGCAUGGCUUAAACAGAACUGGCUACCUGGUUUGUAGGUACCUGAUUGAUGUUGAAGGCAUGGAGCCAGAUACUGCAAUAGAGUUGUUCAACAGUGCUCGAGGACAUCCUAUAGAGAGAACCAACUAUAUCCAAGAUCUUCAGAGGAGAUCUGUAAAAAAGAACUGCGAACUAAAGAAUUUGUGCUCGGACCCUGUCAGAGAAAAAGCCGGGGCUACACCGAACACUAAAAAGCAGAUGGCCAGAUAUCAUCCGCAUUGUUCGGACCAAUCCCCCUUAGUGGUGCCCAGGCUCCUCCCGUCUCAGCAGGGAUGGCAGGGGAACAGUGAAUGCAGAAACUCUGGUAGCGCCAAGAACCACCGCAGGCAAGCUGCCAAGGCACAACACCAGGAGCUGGCGCAGGAGCACGGGGCGACGGAGCAAAGGCGGCCAUGCAGUUUGGCAGCGAGGAACUGUUGGGUUUCGUUGCCCGCUAACGAGUGGCGCAAUGGACUGUGCUUUCCCCCGCAGAGCCCCCACCUCUGCCCCCCCCAGGAAAGACAAGCGGCCAGGAAACGCAGGCGCCGGCGCAGGAAACCUGUUGUGACGGCGUAAGGAACAUUGUACACGAUGAAAGCCUGUGCAGGGCUGCGUCUUCACCCUGGAGGAGUUCCGAGAUGGAUCUGUCACUGCUUGAACGAGUGGCUUUGCUGUAACUUCCACCAGCAGUCGGGAACUGCAAAUGCAAGUGUUCGUAAUCUUAACACAGCUCUUCUUUUUUUUUAACUUUUUAUUUUCCCACACCCCCUCUUGAUACUUUUACAAAUCUCACAGAAUUUUUUUAAUCCUAUGUCAUACCGGAGUCGUAGCUCCACUCCUUGAGGGAUGCGGACAAUGAACAUGGACCCAAACAGAGCUGGAAUCACCCUAAGGAAACAUCUUCAGGAGCCUCCCUUUAACCUUCAGCAAAAAGGGCUUUUCCUUGAUUUCCUCAAUACAUAAGAAAUAGGAUUCAGCCUGAAACUAGAUGAUUUUUUUGUUGUUGUUCUUUUCACCCACUUUUGCUAAAGUAAAUUUCU